CUAUAGAUCAACUUUCAGCGUUUCCGAUACCAUUGCGAAAUAUGCACACGUGCAUGCAACGAUGCAACUUCAUUAAUCAGCUAUUUUACAUAGGGCUGUCACUGCGCUGCUUAUAUAAUAACCGUUGUAUGAAAAUUGUAAGAAACGUUGUGUAAACCCUAAGUGUUUUUGAUGCAUCAGCAAUUGAUUCUACUUUAGUUUACCUUAGUUUGUAUUUUUGACCGUCUAUAAUACAACUAAACAAAAACGUUCCACAACACGUUGAAGCUUAAAGAAUUUAAGUUACUUUUCAUGUUAGGCAUUUCCAGCCUUAUAAGUCACUGCAUUAUUCAUUAUGAUCAUUACAAUUCUUCCAAGUGAACUAAGUAAUAGUAACUUGCGACUCCGGGCUUCAGUCGAUCCGCGAUCGGUAAAUGGUUGUACUCAGUCAGUACAGUCAGUGUCGUCAACCGCCGUCACUAACAGCAAUAAAAGAAAAUCAUCGUGCCUGCUACCUCUGCUAUCGACUUGAAGUUGAGUAAGUUAAAACAAAUCAACGAAAAAAUGUCCGAUUCUGAGGGUUCAUACUAUCAAACACCAUCAACCAUUGAACCGAAAUCGAAAACUGGUCGUAAGGCUACAGAAAACAAUAGAAAACGCACAUCAAAAUCAACCCGUACCAGUAAAAAAACUACGAGUGAUAGCGAUAUAUUCGGUAUCAGCCAGGGCAACGAGACAGGCGCGGAAGUCGGAGAGGGAUCAUCAGAUCGAGCAUGCCUGUCGUCGCUGUUCGUGUACCGAGUGGCUAACGGGUGCGAGCGACGAACAGCGAGCACUGAUGGCGAGUACUACAUCGACUGCAAGGUGUACCGAGCUAACGACGCGCGCAACACCGACUCGCUGGAGCUGUGGAAGAAGGCAAUCGUACGUAUCAAACUCCAGGCCGACAUAGACUCUCCUCAGUGGCAGAAACUGCAGGAGUUUGUCCGUUCUGCAGAUGUUUUGUUCCCCAACAAACCCAUGUUUUAUGACAAAUAAAUAAUAUGGUUUUAUUUCAA